UCUUCUGUUUUUGUUGCUUGGCUGACGUAAAUUUACAACAAAAAGAAUUAAUUACAGUGCUUCCAAAUUAGUAAUAAACAAAUUAAAUGCAAAUCAUUAAAUUUAUCAACUAAACUAUAGUCCAAGACUUGAUCAAAGCUUCAGUGGUGGAAGCUUGACCUUUUAAUUGAAUACACAAAAAGACACAGAAAAACAUAUCCAAAAAUGUUGCGCAAUUCACCAUUUUCUGGGACCCCCACAUACAAACUGCUCCUCGGAUUUGGCCUUUGCUCCUUGGGUGGUGCCAUGCUCUAUGCCUAUUUUAAAAAUCGCCAAGAUGACGAUAAUGAUAAUGCUGAUAAUGGCGACAGAAGAAAUGUGACAAGAACACAGGAUAAACCAAAGGAAAUCUGUGUUAAAAUUAUUGUUGAAAAUGACCAUGUGCCGCUAAUUAUGGGACGCGGUGGAGCCAAUAUCAAACUGAUUGAGGAGAAGACCACGGCAAAGAUAAGAUUACGCGAUAAAGAUAGUGGCCAUAAAUUUUGUGACAUUAGCGGUGUGCCCGAUGCGGUCAAGGCGGCACGUUUCCUCCUGACAAAGGAAAUCGAACGGGCACCCAUUGAGAAGGUGGAAAUACAGAUAUCACAGCGAUUGGCCAAUAAAUUAAAUGGCCGUGGUGGUGAACUUCUUCAGGAUAUUAGUCGCAGUUCUUUGGCCAAAUUGUCAAUUGAUCCCAAUGGACGUAAUGGCAAGGCUAAAAUCACUGUGAUAGGCAAUCAGAAGCAAGUGAAUAUUGCACGUAAAUUGCUAGACGAUCAGAUCGAGGAGGAUGAAGAGCUACGUCGAGCAGUCGAGGAGGUGGAACAGCGUCGAGAACCACGCCGAUCGCCAACGAAUAGUUUAGCAUCAAGUUUGUAUUCAUCCCAAACUUCAUUGAGCUCACAUACCCAGCCCAGGGAUAAAUUGAUGGCCUCACGUGGCGAUGAUAAACCUAUGGAGGUUUAUGUCUCUGCCGUUGGAUCGCCAUCAAAGUUUUGGGUUCAAUUGGUUGGACCCCAGACAAAGAAACUAGAUGAUAUGGUCCAAGAGAUGACCAACUAUUAUAGCAACCCGGAGAAUCGGGAAAAGCAUGUCCUAACAGCUCCCUAUGUGGGACAGAUUGUUGCCGCUGUCUUUAAAUUUGAUGAGAAAUGGUAUCGAGCUGAAAUUGUUGAUAUAAUGCCUAAUCAAUAUAAUCCUGAGGAGCAAGUAAUUGAUUUAUAUUUUGUUGACUACGGCGAUAGUGAGUAUAUCUCUCCUGCGGAUAUAUGCGAAUUGCGAACCGAUUUUCUAACGUUAAGAUUCCAAGCAGUUGAAUGCUUUAUGGCCAAUAUCAAAUCCACAAUAGCCAAUCAGCCAAAUACUUGGCAAAAGUCCUCCAUAACCAAGUUUGAGGAACUUACAGAUGUGGCUCAUUGGCGUAAAUUAAUAGCUCGUGUGGUUACCUACAAAGAGCGACCAAAGACUACAAAAGCGGUAAAUUCAGCUGCCCGUGAAGAAACACCUCUGCCUGGCGUGGAGCUAUUCGAUCCAGCCGAAGGUUUUGAGAUAAAUAUUGGCGAUCUGAUGAUCACUAAUGGCUUUGCCAUACCCUUGGAUGAUGAGUAUCCCGUGCGUUCACGUUCCAGCACACCGUCGAGCCCUAGCAGUGAUUCAACUAUCGAGGAGCUGACACCAAUAUCUCCCAACUCGCAGUCAAAUGAAGGAGGCGAUGGUAGCAGUUCAAGCAGAUCACAAUCGACAAUCAAAUCCAUAGCACCACCAGAAGAUGAGCUUUUUGCCAGUCAACUGCAACAUUUGAAACAUAAACUUAAUGGCAACGAUAUUGUCGCCCCCAUUGAUCCGAUUAAAUUGACAACAGCAGACUUACGGAAUGGGAAUAAUAAUAAUAAUAACUCCCACGCGAAUCUAAGAAAUGGUGAUUAGAAGGAUUAGAUCUUUGGCUCAUCGUGAUUAUAUCGUUCAGACUAUUAUUAUUUUCUUUUUCGUUCCUCCGCGUUUUAUUUGUUUUAUUUUUCACACAUUUUUCAUUGUUAAACGGCUGCUGCUGCUCACUCUCUAUCCCCACUACUUACUUGAUCGUGUAUAUAAAGAUAAAGAAAAGAAA